AUAAGUGGGACGUGUUGGCGGUUGGAUCCCGGAGGAAGCGGGAGGAGAGCGGAAUGGCUCCGUCACCGACCAAGCGUAAAGAACACGGUCAGGAGAAAUCCAAAGAUAGGACGAAGGAGAAGUCGAGCGUCAAGGAGUCGAGUGAGAAGGAACGCGGGCGUGACAAGAGCCGGAAGCGGAGGAGUGCCUCAACUGGUAGCAGCAGCAGCAGUUCCAGCUCCAGCUCGGGCUCCAGUUCCACCUCGGCCUCCAGCAGUGGAUCAAGUUCCUCAUCCGCCUCUAGUCGUUCCGGAAGUUCCAGCAGCUCCCGUAGUUCCAGUUCCAGCACUUCGUCGGGAUCUCCGAGCCCCACGCGGCGCAGGCACACCAACAGGAGGCGCACUCGCUCAAAAUCAAAGUCUCCGAAACGGGAUGACAAGGAGCGGAAGAAGCGAAGCCCCACCCCCCGGCCCACAAAAGUGCACAUCGGCAGAUUGACCAGAAAUGUGACCAAGGAGCACAUCAUGGAGAUCUUCUCCACCUAUGGCAAGAUCAAGCUGAUCGAUAUGCCACUGGACCGCCUGCACCCUCAUCUGUCGAAGGGCUACGCCUACGUGGAGUUUGAGAAUCCGGACGACACGGAGAAGGCUUUGAAGCACAUGGAUGGAGGUCAGAUCGACGGACAGGAAGUGACCGCUACAGCUGUGUUGGCUCCACGGCCCAGACCGCCGCCACGGCGAAUGACCCCUCCCCGACGGAUGCCGCCGCCGCCUCCUAUGUGGCGAAGGACUCCCCCGCGGAUGAGGAGGAGGUCGCGGUCUCCCCGCAGACGUUCACCCGUCCGCCGGCGAUCCCGCUCACGUUCGCCUGGGAGACGCCGUCACCGCAGCCGGUCCAGCUCCAACUCUUCGCGGUAAGGUCUGCAGCCUGAGGGUGGGGGAGGAUGUCUCGUCCCCCCACCUCCCACACCUAUGGACGUUCAGUGUACAUUGGAGAUUUAGCCACCUUUCCCCGUCCCUAAUUGUUCCAGUUGUGUUUUAUCCCAGUUGUGAAUGGGGGAGGGGGGUUUGAGGGGGUGCGGCGGCAGACGAAUCAGUAUUGCAUUUCACACAACUCGAAGCCCAUGUUCAAUGGGCAAGAGAACUGGUGUGGUACACGAGAAUCUUGUGUCAGAUGCAGACAGGCGGAGAAUGCCGAAGUUGUCCCCAUCUCCUUCAGAAGCAGUGCGUCGGAUACUUCAGGAAGCAUUGUCAGACUGGAUAAUCUCUACGCUGCCUCAGACAAAGCAAGUGUGGCCGAGACAACACCAAUACUUGUCUGAGUGUAACAUUCAUCCAGCAACAGGCAGGGCUGGUCUGAUUCCCGGCCUGUCUUCCUACACUGAACUGAGCUGGAGGAGUGAUGUGUUUACGGAGGUUUUUACAGUCACCCUCUCUCCAAGUCCUACGUUUUCUAUCGCUUUCUUGUUUUACCAUUUGCUAUUUGUACCAUAAGUUCUGUAUCUCAAUAAACAGAGGAUCAUUACACCUCAUACAUGUGGAUUUC